UGAGGUCGUGUUAUGUCUGUGUGUGGUUACAUUAGUUCUUCUAGCCUGAUUUAGGCGACAGGAGGCGAGUAAGUGCUCAUGGUGGACUUAAUUUCUGCCGUGUAGAACUACUCUUUUACAGCCACGAUGGAAGCAGACAUCGUUCAGUUGUUAUGUGGUAAUGGAGGAGCGAUGGAGUAUGAUCUAUUACUGGAGCUUGCUAUCGGAUUUCCAGACAUAGACAGCUCUAAAUUUGACUCGCUUCUCCGGAAUAAAGAUCACUUCUUCCUGACCGAGAUUGCAGGUGUCAAACGAGUCCUCGCCAAAACAAGCCUUCGGUUGUGUAAAGUCACGGAUUGCAAUGAAUGUAAAAACCUUCAUCUUUGUAAGUUUUAUCUUCACGGAGAAUGCAACAGAAGGCCGUGUCGUUAUGGGCAUGAUUUAAACUCAGACCACAAUGCAGAAGUUCUGUCAGACCAUCGGCUGCAGAAGUUCAGCAGAGCUGAGAUCAGACAACUCCUGUUGCAGAAUGACACCCCACACUCCUUACUUCCACCUAUUUGUGCCAAGUACAACCACGGUGAUGGUGAAUACGGCCAGUGUGAGGACAAGGACACCUGCAACAGGCUGCACGUCUGCGAGGGCUUCAUGCGACACACCUGCGACGCUGACGCCUGCGGACGAUCACAUGACCUGUUCGAGCCUCAGCCAGUCAGGGUGCUGUGUGAGCGAGGCGUGCCGACCCAGCAGGUGGGCUCGAUGCGCUCUGUGUACCACCACAUCCUGCUGCUCAGGGGGCGUCGCCAAGGAGACCCAGCGGGAGGCGGAGCUGGUACUGUUGCCGGUGGCCGGGGCCGAGCUCGGGGUCGGGGAGGCCAAGGUCGGGGUGGCAGAGGACGGGGUGGCAGAGGACGCGGUUACAGUGACAAGGACCAGGGUGGCACAGGUGGCAGAGGACGGGGCAGAGGACGCGGCUCCAAGGACAUGGACCAUGGUAGCACAGGUGGCAGAGGACGGGGUGGCAGAGGAUACGGCUUCAGUGACAAGGACAAGGACCAGGGCGAGGAGCAGGGUGGCACAGGUGGCACAGGUGGCAGUAGAGAUGGAAGCUGCCCUCCACAGCCAGAGGUUGCUGAAAUCUGCCUGUCCUUCAUCAAAGGCUUUUGCAAAUAUGAGAACAGGUGUGUGCGCGUGCACUGCAAGAUGCCCUACCUGUGGCAGGUGAGGAGCGGUGACACCUGGAGUGACCUGGAGAAUAACGAGGACAUCGAGAGGGACUACUGCAACCCAAACUGCAUCACUACCUUCAGUCUGCAGGGGCAGCCAGUGCAUUUUGACAGCAUGCGGUGUGGUGACCAAGAAGUGAGGCGUCUCUCUACUGCCCCCUCUGUCAACUUGCCAGAGUUCAUCCUCACUACAGAGUGGAUCUGGUACUGGCAGAACGAGCGAUCCAUAUGGACCCAAUAUAUACCUCCGAUGUGCUCUGUGUCCUCUUGUGACCUUGAGAAGCGUUACCAGGCCGACAGCAAGGACGUAGUUCUCUUCACCGGCGGGAAACCACCACACCAGCAACAGUACCAACUCAGCUUUAAAGACAUGGAGCAGAGGAAUGUGUGUUAUGGCACCGUGAGGGUGGUGAGGAGACGACCCAAAUUCAUCUCAGCUGAAGGCGUCCAAACCGCCAAAACAAGUAGGAGGAGAGGUCCCACGUCAUCUCAGCCUGGUAGAGGCGUGCCGGGCUACUGGGACAGGUCUGCAGUGCCUGACACCGGAUACCAGAGAGUGACUCUUCUGAGUUCGGAUCGCGACUACCAGGAGGUCCAGGAAUUGUUCAACAAGACUCUAACAGGAUAUGACAUCAUCAGCAUCGAGAGGGUCCAGAACAAGGAACUCUGGGAAGACUUUCAGACGAAACGCGAGCGGAUGCAGAAGGCGAAUAAGGAUAAGAAGUACGGCGACGGGUCUCGACUGCUCUUCCACGGCACCGACCCCAAACACGUCCAGGCCAUCUGCCACCACAACUUCGACUGGAGGAAGUGCGGAGCCAACGGGACCGUUUACGGAGAAGGUUGUUAUUUUGCCCGGGAUGCCAGAUACUCCCACGAUUACGCCAAAGAGGUCCCGGUCCACAAUGGUCGUCGUCAGCGCUGCAUGUUCGUGUGUCGCGUCCUGAUUGGCAGCUACACACGAGGCCAGUCCCACUACCGCCUGCCGCCGUCCGUCGACGGAGAAGGACUGCUGAUGUACGACAGCUGCGUCAACGACGUCCGAGACCCGUCCAUCUUCGUAGUGUUUGACAAGCAGCAGGUCUACCCGGAGUUCCUGCUCACCUACGCUGAGUAUGUCCGUCCCUCCUCCUGCUCCUCCUCUGAUUCCCAUGAUGCCUCCUCCACUUCCCAUGAUGCCUCCUCCACAACGAACAUGUCUGUAGUUGCCAGUGCGCGGAAAACUGUGACUGUGUCCACUCUCACUUCCUCGUCUGUGACUCCGCCUCCUCUGUUGACCCCGCCCCCUGUCGUGACGCUGCCCCCAGCAAAGAGCGCAGGAAACGGUCUGGCUCACUCCCACAGUUCCACACUGAGCGCUUCUUCUAUUGCUGUCGUCGACGCGCUGAGUUCAGUGACCUUGUCCACUGUCACUUCCUCGUCUGUGACCCCGCCCCCUGUGGUGACCCCGCCCCCAGUACAGAGUGCAGGCAACGUGAUCACAGCUCAAAAGGUUCCAGCCACCAGUGGGACUUGGUCGAACUCAGUGACAAACAUCUCUACGGACCAAAGCGUUGAUGAUUUGUUGUCCGAUCUGCAUCGACUCAUAUCACUGACAUCCAAGUCCUCAGAUCCAGCCGCGCCUGUGCCAACAACAAGGCCACUGACUCAGGUUCCAUCUUCGUCCGGAUCCACCUCCGGUUGUUCUGCCUCGGCAAGCGGUCAUUCCUCACAAACUGCCCAAACCAAACACGCGGACCAAAGUGUUGACGACUUGUUACUGGAUCUGGAUCAACUCUUAUCACCAACCUAUGUUACAAAUCCCUCCUCUCAUCCUCAGUCCUCCAAGUCCUCAGAUCCGGCUCGGGUUUUACCUGCAGCCUCGACUGUGCCAACAGCAAGGCCACUGACUCCGGUUCCAGCUUCGACCAGAUCCACCUCCUGUUCUUCAGUCUCAUCAAGCAGUCAUGCUAAUAGACGGUCCAUCUCCGGGUCUUCAGUCUCGUCAAGCAGCCAUCUUUCCCAAACAGCCCAAGCCAAAUACAGGGACCCAAGCGAUGACGAUUGGCUAUUGGUAGAUCCCCCGAAGAGCAGAUCGUUGGCACCGAGCGAUCCCUUCAGAUCCACUGCAUUGGCUCGAGCCGCCGCCGCCGCCAUCAGCCGCGCUCAGCUCUCCUCCGCUUUGGAGUUGUCUCUGUAUGCGUCCACCGCCGGCUCCGCCGCGCCGCUGGUGCCACCGGCCUCUAGAAGAGCAUCCCCUCCUCCUCACUUGUCCCCUGUUACCACCACCACCUCCUUCUCAGCCUCAUCAUCAUCAUCAUCCUCACGUCCCACCCCACCUGUGUCUCGCAGCGUCAGCACGCCGGGUCGAGACAUGUACAAUACACCCGCAUCGGGAGCUAUGCCGAGGUCAAGCAGUGAACGCGAGGUGAAAAAGAAGGAGUGCAUCUUGUGCUGAUUUCAUUCUUGCUUUUUUCCAUUGGAUAUACUGAAUUUAAUAUAUAAUGAAAUGUUUACAACGUAAUAUUGUGAAUUAUUAUUUUAUACUACACUACAGGUUUACAGCCUGCUCAGUGCCCAGUAAAAGUAAUUAUUAUUAAAUACUGUAUGUAAACAGCCAGAGAAUCAAAUCGCUUAAAUCGAGGUAACCUACUCCUUCCAGAUGAAUGGAAUCUAAGAAUACAUCAAUA